UAGCAGUAAUGAACAAGAAUCUGAUAACUUUGAUGAACUUGAAAUUACUCAAGAAAUUAAAAACUUAGAUAAUUUGAUUAAAUUCGAACAAUAUCAAGAAAAUAAAAGUCUUGAUACUGAAAUAUAUGAUAAUUCAUCUAUAUUACAUAAUAAUGAAAGUGCAACUGAGAAUAAUCUUAUAGCUUAUUUCAAUAGACAACAAUCCUCAUAU